AGGAACAUAGCGAGCUUCACCAUUUCUGGCUGUCCGCGAACAGCUAGAGAGGCGAUGAGCCUUCUCAUCACAUCCUAGAGGCGAGCUCUCAAGGCUGGGCGAAGAUUAAGCAGCUUCUUUAACAAUGUUACCCAUCCCUGAAUGCUCACCUCGGUGGAAUCUCCCGUGAAAAUGGCGUAUAGGUUCCUUCCUCCUCUCUCAACAGGAACCAUGGAGCGAGACUGGGCAGAGGACCCAAGGAAAACUACCUGUUCGUUUAUUGACAAACAGAAAGACAUUAAGAAAUUCAGAUUGUCCUAUGCAAAUCAGAAGCAAAGAAACCUAUGAAGCACUUACUAAUAAACAAGCAUGGUGAGUUUCCUUCCAACCGGAAAGCAGAGCUUAAACGACCUCAUUGCAUAUAUGAGGGAGGAAGGAAACGACCAAAUUGUCCUCUACCUGGAACGACAACAGAAAGAGGCAGAUUUGGAGGAGUUGGAGGCUAAUUUUUCAGAAUUUUUGGGGGAUUUGGAUCUGAAGGCUCCAACUACCAUUGCUAAAGAAAUAAGUGGGAUCAUUGCCAAGUCCAGAGUUCCAGUGAUAGAAGCUGCUGGCCUCCUGUGGGAAGCAAUUGUAAAGACUGUUAAGUGGCCAGGAAGUGGAACUAAUCAGAAGGAUAGUGAAAUGGUUGCAAUCUCCCAUCUGUCUAGAUGUGGUGAUGUGAUUUUCGAAAGGUUUUGCUCUGGCAAUACAGCUUGCCAGAUGCAACUGAUCAACAGUGUACAGAAAACUUGCUGGAGAGAGCCGAAGAUGUUGAAUCUCUUUGCUCGGGUGAUCCGUGUGCUAUAUGAUGUUGAUGUUCUUUGUGAGGAUGUAAUUCUGAACUGGUUUUACAAGGGGACAAAUGCUGAUGGCAGAGAAACAUUUCUGGAGGACCUGAAGCCUUUUAUCCGCUGGCUAGAAGAAGCUGAAGAGGAAGAAGCCUAGAAAGCGGACCUUACAAGCACAGUUGCUGGAAGAGACAUAUAUUUGUGCAGAAGAACUUGUGGAUGUACAGUUUACUGGUGUGAUGUAGUUCAGUAGGUGAUUUUCAUUUUCCUUUUGGUUGUGGGAUGUAUAGCACAAACUAAUGGCACUGGUUGCUAUUCUUGAGCAUAUCAUUGCUCACUUGAGUCAGGCAGGCAGGCUCAUUUUGAUUCAUUCUAAUACACUGUAGGUUUUGACAUAUCCACUGCUGUAUCUCUGUGGCAUUUAACAAUUUGAAGCACUUGAUUAUGGUGUUUCAAAUGUCAUAACACUCUUGAGCUUAACACUGAUCACUUGAGUCAGGCAGGCUGGCUCAUUUUGAUCCAUCCUAAUACAUUGUAGGUUUCGACAUAUUCAUUGAUGUAUAUCUGUGGCAUUUAACAAUUUGAAGCAGUUGACUAUGGUGCUUAAAAUGUCAUAUGUGUGAAAUUUCUCUAUAGUUUACCUUCUGUGUUCUUUCAUACAGGACAAUGUAAUGUUAAGGACAUUCUAACCAUCUCCAAUUGCAGUAACUGGGAUUUGCAGAAUGCAUAAUUGUGAUACAGAACCGUUGCUGAAAGCUACUGAUGCAGCGUGACUGAGACAUUUUCUUGUACGAUACUUACAUUGUUGCAGCAUGACCUUGCAGCAACUGCACUUCUACCUCCAGCAUUAACCAAAUGGCACACGCAUCACAAGAGCUGGACAAUACGUUCAUCGACUGCAGACCCUCAAACUCUACUUUUGACUGAUGAAGAACGGUCUACAUGGGACUCAUGCAGGGAAGAGCGAAAGCAAUAGGUCCCAAGAUUUGAAGUAGUACAUGGUAUGUUGGAUUAUUUGAGGUCUCUUGGGCUAUCGGACGAUGAUCUCUUGAAGGUGCUGAAGAAGUUCCCAGAAGUGAUGAUCUCGCCAUGUGUCCAAUUACUUCUUGGGAUUGGACAUCAAACAGAAAUGAGUCCGGUCUCCUCUCCUCUGCUCAGUCAACGGACAGAAUAUCAGCACAAGUAGUCAAGUACAUAGAUGGUCAACCGUGUUCAACAUAAGUUGUCCACGAGAGCACAGUUAGAUAUUAGAACUCUCUUUUUUCAUUUUCUUUUCAGUGGGAUUGGACAUAAACCAGAAAAUGAGUCCGGUCUCUCUGGUCAGUCAACGAAUAAUAUAUCAUUGAUCUACUCGAAGCAGCACAACUGCACAAGCAUACAGAUGGUCGACCGUGUUCAACAUCAGUGGAACACAAUUUAAAGAAUGGUCGAGACAGUGGGGAUUUUCAUUUUCCCCCCUCAAUACCGCAAUUAGCUUUUGAAUACAAAUAUUGUUAAAAA